CCUCCAGGAGACUGUACCAGAGGCCACAAAGUUAUUAAAGCUGGUCUUAACGAUACCUGCUACAACGGCAUCCGUGGAGAGGACGUUUUCAGCUUUAAAGCGCAUCAAGACGUAUAACCGUAAUAGGAUGCACCAGGAUAGACUUUCAGCAUUGGCGCUGAUUUCCAUUGAAAAGGAGAGACUCAUGACAUUACAGAACGCUGCAAACAAGGAUGACUUCUACAACAAAGUCAUCAACAAGUUCGUGCAGAGGGACAGGCGCAUGGACUUCAUCUACAAAUAAAUUCCCUCUGGGCUGUGUUGCAGAGAUGAGUUCGGAUGCUGAGAUGGCUGUGUUUGGGGAGGCUGCCCCGUACCUGAGGAGACCUGAAAGAGAGAGAAUCGAAGCCCAAAAUCGUCCCUUUGAUGCCAAAACUGCAGUGUUUGUGGUGGACCCAAAGGAGCUGUUUGUCAAAGGCACUCUGCAAAGCAAAGACGGCGGCAAAGCCACCGUGAAAACUAACGCAGGACAGGUUGUUUCGGUGAAGGAUGAUGAAAUCUUCCCCAUGAACCCGCCCAAGUUCGACAAGAUCGAGGACAUGGCCAUGAUGACCCACCUCAACGAGGCCGCCGUGCUGUACAACCUCAAAGAGCGUUACGCAGCGUGGAUGAUCUAUACCUACUCUGGGCUCUUCUGUGUCACUGUGAACCCUUACAAGUGGCUCCCAGUGUACAACCAAGAGGUCGUGGUGGCCUACAGGGGCAAAAAGCGCCAGGAGGCUCCACCUCACAUCUUCUCCAUCUCCGACAACGCCUAUCAGUUCAUGCUCACUGAUAGGGAAAACCAGUCCAUCCUUAUCACCGGAGAAUCUGGUGCGGGAAAGACGGUCAACACCAAACGAGUCAUCCAGUACUUUGCAACAAUCGCGGGGACUGCGGACAGGAAGAAAGAUGCUGCCGCCUCUGGAAAAUUACAUGGGAAUCUGGAAGACCAGAUCAUCUCUGCUAACCCACUGCUGGAGGCCUUUGGGAAUGCCAAAACUGUCAGGAAUGAUAACUCUUCCCGUUUCGGCAAAUUCAUAAGAAUCCACUUUGGUACCACAGGGAAACUGUCCUCCGCCGACAUUGAAACUUACUUGCUGGAAAAAUCCAGAGUAACGUUUCAGCUGGCUGCGGAGAGGAGUUACCAUAUUUUCUACCAGAUCAUGUCCAACAAGAAGCCCGAGCUCAUAGAGACACUCCUCAUCACCACCAACCCCUACGACUUCCCGUUUGUGAGCCAAGGGGAGAUCUGCGUGGCCAGCAUUGAUGACAGCGAGGAGCUGAUGGCCACGGAUAGUGCUAUUGACAUCCUGGGCUUCACUGGAGAGGAGAGGAUUGGCAUCUACAAGCUCACAGGUGCUGUGAUGCAUUACGGGAAUAUGAAGUUCAAGCAAAGGCAGAGAGAGGAGCAAGCAGAGCCAGACGGGACAGAGGUGGCUGACAAAGCAGCUUACCUGAUGGGUCUGAACUCUGCUGACCUGCUGAAAGCUCUGUGUUACCCCAGAGUGAAGGUUGGCAACGAGUAUGUGACCAAAGGGCAGACAGUUCAGCAGGUCUACAACUCUAUCGGUGCUCUGGCCAAAUCCGUCUAUGAGAAGAUGUUUAUGUGGAUGGUCCUCCGCAUUAACCAGAUGCUGGACACCAAGCAGCCCAGGCAGUUCUUCAUCGGGGUCCUGGACAUUGCUGGGUUUGAAAUCUUUGACUACAACAGUCUGGAACAGCUGUGCAUCAAUUUCACCAAUGAGAAACUGCAACAGUUUUUCAACCACCACAUGUUCGUGCUGGAGCAAGAGGAGUAUAAGAAGGAAGGCAUCGAGUGGGAGUUCAUUGACUUUGGGAUGGACCUGGCUGCCUGUAUAGAGCUCAUUGAAAAGCCAAUGGGCAUCUUUUCCAUCCUCGAAGAGGAGUGUAUGUUCCCCAAAGCAUCCGACACCACCUUCAAAAACAAGCUGUAUGACCAACAUCUGGGAAAAUCCGGCAACUUCCAGAAGCCCAAGCCUGUCAAAGGCAAGGCUGAGGCUCACUUCUCCCUGGUGCAUUAUGCUGGCACUGUGGACUACAGCAUCACGGGCUGGCUGGACAAGAACAAGGACCCGCUGAAUGAUACUGUAGUCCAGCUCUACCAGAAAGCUAGCCUCAAACUACUGGCUUUCCUAUAUUCUAACUAUUCCACAGCUGAUGAUGCUACCGGUGGAGCCGGUGCCUCUAAGAAAGCAGCAAAGAAGAAGGGCUCGUCCUUCCAGACUGUGUCAGCCCUCUUCCGGGAGAAUCUGGGAAAGCUGAUGACAAACCUUAAGAGCACCCAUCCUCAUUUUGUUCGGUGUUUAAUUCCAAAUGAGACUAAAACUCCAGGCAUUAUGGAGCACCACCUUGUCAUCCAUCAGCUGCGAUGCAACGGUGUGCUGGAAGGAAUCAGGAUCUGUAGGAAGGGCUUCCCCAGUAGGAUCCUGUACGGGGAUUUCAAGCAAAGGUACAAAGUACUGAAUGCUAGUGUGAUACCUGAGGGACAGUUCAUUGACAACAAGAAAGCUGCUGAGAAGCUCUUGGGGUCUAUCGAUGUGGAUCACACACAGUAUAAGUUUGGGCACACCAAGGUGUUCUUCAAAGCUGGACUCUUGGGUCUGCUAGAAGAGAUGAGGGAUGAAAAACUGGCCUCUCUCAUCACCAUCACUCAGGCCUUGUGUCGUGGCUUCCUAAGAAGGAGGGAGUAUCAGAAAAUGAUGGAGAGGAGAGAGUCCAUUUACAUCGUCCAAUACAACAUCCGCUCCUUCAUGAAUGUGAAACACUGGCCAUGGAUGAAGCUCUACUUUAAGAUCAAGCCACUGUUGAGGAGCGCUGAGACCGAGAAGGAGAUGGCCGCCAUGAAAGUGGACUUCGCCAAGUGUAAGGAGGAUUUAGCCAAAGCUGAGACCAAGAGGAAGGAGCUGGAAGCUAAAAUGGUUUCAUUGCUUCAGGAGAAGAACGACUUGAGUCUGCAGAUUCAGUCUGAAAGUGAGAGUCUGGCAGACGCAGAGGAACGAUGUGAGGGGCUUAUUAAGAACAAGAUUUCACUGGAGGCCAAAACCAAAGAACUGAGCGAGAGACUGGAGGAUGAGGAGGAGGUGAACGCCGAGCUAACUGCCAAGAAGAGGAAGCUGGAGGACGAGUGCUCCGAGCUGAAGAAAGACAUCGAUGACUUGGAGCUCACCUUGGCCAAAGUGGAGAAGGAAAAACAUGCCACUGAAAACAAGGUGAAGAAUCUGACCGAGGAGAUGUCCUCUCUGGAUGACACCAUCGCCAAGUUGUCCAAGGAGAAGCUGGCCCUGCAGGAGGCCCACCAGCAGACACUGGAGGAUCUGCAGGCCGAGGAAGACAAAGUCAGCUCUUUGACCAAGGCCAAGAUCAAGCUGGAACAACAAGUAGAUGAUCUUGAGGGCUCUCUGGAACAAGAAAAAAAGGUGCGGAUGGAUGUCGAGCGAGCCAAAAGAAAGCUUGAAGGCGAUCUGAAACUGAGUCAAGAAUCCAUAAUGGAUUUGGAAAAUGACAAGCAACAACUGGAAGAACGCCUUAAAAAGAAAGACUUUGAAUUCAGCCAGCUUGUAUGCAAGAUCGAGGAUGAGCAGAGUGUGGCGGCACAGUCUCAGAAGAGGAUCAAGGAGCUUCAGGCCCGCAUUGAGGAGCUGGAAGAGGAGAUCGAGGUGGAGCGUGUCGCCAGGGCGAAGGUGGAAAAGCAGAGGUCCGACCUCUCCAGGGAGCUGGAGGAGAUCAGUGAGAGGCUGGAGGAGGCCGGGGGAGCCACCGCCGCUCAGGUGGAGAUGAACAAGAAGCGAGAGGCGGAGUUUCAGAAACUGAGACGAGACCUGGAGGAGUCGACGCUCCACCACGAGGCCACCGCUGCCGCUUUAAGAAAGAAACACGCCGACAGUGUGGCUGAGCUGGGAGAGCAGAUCGACAACCUUCAGCGGGUCAAACAGAAGCUGGAGAAGGAGAAGAGUGAGUACAAGAUGGAGAUCGAUGACCUGUCGAGCAACAUAGAGGUCACGGUCAAGUCAAAGAUUAAUUAUGAGAAGAUGUGCCACGCUCUGGAUGACCAGCUGGGAGACUACAAGACAAAACACGAUGAGAACACUCGCCUGAUCGCUGAGAUCAACGCUCAGAGGGCAAAACUUCAGAACGAAAACGGUGAGCUCUCUCGUCUUCUUGAAGAGAAAGAAGCAAUACUCUCUCAGAUGCUGAGAGCUAAGAUGGCCUUCGCUCAGCAAAUUGAGGAGCUGAAGAGGCAGGUUGAAGAGGAAACGAAGGCUAAGAACGCCCUCGCCCACGCCCUCCAAUCUGCACGUCACGACUGCGAUCUGCUGAGGGAGCAGUUUGAGGAGGAGCAGGAGGCCAAGGCUGAACUCCAGAGAGCGCUGUCCAAGGCCAACAGUGAGGUGGCGCAGUGGAGAACCAAAUACGAGACUGACGCCAUUCAGCGCAAUGAUGAGCUGGAGGAGGCUAAGAAAAAGCUUGCCCAGCGUCUGCAGGAGGCUGAGGAGACCAUUGAGGCUGUGAACGCGAAGUGCUCAUCUUUGGAGAAGACGAAGCAGAGGCUGCAGGGAGAGGUGGAGGACCUCAUGGUCGAUGUGGAGAGGGCGAACGCUCAAGCGGCUGGCCUGGAUAAAAAGCAGAGGAGCUUUGAUAAGAUUCUGUCUGAGUGGAAGCAGAAGUAUGAGGAGUGUCAGUCAGAGCUGGAUGGAUCACAGAAGGAGACUCGCUCCCUCAGCACCGAGCUCUUCAAAAUGAAGAACUCGUACGAGGAAGCUCUGGAGCACCUCGAGGUCCUCAAGCGAGAGAAUAAAAACCUGCAACAGGAAAUCUCUGAUUUGACUGAACAACUUGGAGAGAAUGGUAAAGCCAUCCAUGAGCUGGAGAAGACUAAGAAGCAAAGUGAGACGGAGAAGACAGAGAUCCAGACCGCUUUGGAAGAGGCUGAAGCUUCUCUGGAACAUGAGGAAUCUAAAAUCCUGCGUGUCCAGCUGGAGCUGGCUCAGGUCAAAGGAGAGGUCGAUCGCAGGGUGGCUGAGAAGGACGAGGAGAUCGAGCAGAUGAAACGCAACAAUCAGCGCAUUGUGGAAACCAUGCAGUCCGCCUUGGAUUCCGAGACGCGCUGCAAGAACGAUGCCAUGAGAAUCAGGAAGAAGAUGGAGACCGACCUCAACGAGAUGGAGAUCCAGCUGAGCCACGCCAACAGGCAGGCAGCUGAGGCCCAGAAGCAGCUGAGGAACAUCCAAGCCCACCUCAAGGAACAAACCCUUCGCCUGGACGAGGCGCUGCGGAGCCACGAGGACCUGAAGGAGCAGGUGGCCGUGAUGGAGCGCAGGAGCUGCCUGAUGCAGGCGGAGGUGGAGGAGCUGAGGGCCGCUCUGGAACAGUCGGAAAGAAGCCGCAAACUGGCUGAACAGGAACUGGCUGAUGCCUGUGAGAGAGUGGGGCUGCUGCACUCCCAGAACACCAGUCUCCUCAACUCCAAGAGGAAGCUGGAUGCAGACGUCAGCCAGCUGCAGGGCGAGGUGGAGGAUGCCAUCCAGGAGGCUCGAAAUGCAGAGGAGAAAGCCAAGAAGGCCAUCACUGAUGCGGCCAUGAUGGCCGAGGAGCUGAAGAAGGAGCAGGACACCAGCAGCCACCUGGAGAGGAUGAAGAAGAACCUGGAGGUGUCCGUGAAGGACCUGCAGCACCGUCUGGAUGAGGCCGAGAGCCUGGCUUUGAAGGGAGGAAAGAAACAGCUCCAGAAACUGGAAAAUCGGGUGCGCGAGCUGGAGGCCGAAGUGGAGAGUGAGCAGAAAAGAGCUGCUGAUUGUGUCAAAGGAAUCCGCAAAUAUGAGCGGAGAGUGAAGGAGCUCACGUACCAGACUGAGGAGGACAAGAAGACCGUCCUGAGACUGCAGGACCUGGUGGACAAGCUGCAGCUCAAAGUCAAGGCCUACAAACGGCAGAACGAAGAGGCGGAGGAGCAGGCCAGCACUCACCUGGCCAAGCUGAGGAAGGUGCAGCACGAGCUGGAGGAGGCACAGGAGCGAGCAGACAUCGCCGAGUCCCAAGUCAAUAAGUUGAGAACCAAGAGCAGAGACUUUGGAAAGGAGAACAGCGUGGACCUCCACUCGCCAACACUGGCAAAGCCUGCAAGUGAAACAGCUUGGACAGCCUGCAGGGAGCUCAGCCAAUCAAAAAACACAGACCUGUCUCAAAGAUGUAGCUGGGAGGCUGUUCUGAAGUGGGAAAGGUUUUAUGCCUUUGUGUGCUGCAUGAGAACAAGAUGUUCACAUUGUUGUCCUCAAAGGAAUGACAACGGAAACACGUCAAGCUGCCGACAAUACAGCACUUGGACUUACCGUGACCUAAAUGCCUGAGACCCUUCAUCAUCAUGAGACCCUUGCACAUUUUUGCUACUCCCCGGAGCCUUAAAGAUUAAGAAAAAAAAUGUCAUCCUGUUGGGAAAUUGUUGUGUGUUUGCGGUCAGCUUUAAUCUGACACGUCACCGAGGACUCACUCUUCCAGGAAGCUUCGUCCGGCCAGCGGCCAGUUCUUCGUAUCUUCAGUACUUAAAUAAAAGGGAACUUGGCGCUGCAGCUUCAUGGGCAUCUUCUGCAACACACAACGCGAAGGUUAUGCUCAUGUAUCAGUCUGAUGAGUCUUGUGGGAUUUGCGUUCAAAACAUCACAAAAGGAUUAUCAAUAUUAUUCAACUUGGAAUACUUUAUACUUACUUUGUCUUUUACCAAACAGGUUAAUAAGCAGAAAUGGGAGAGGUCAUUGAAUCCACGUCGUUCAUACUCAUACUCUUGAUUGCAAUUGAUGACUCAGCAUUCAUUUGAACGUUUUUAACAGAAAGCAAGAUCGCAAAAACAACCCAGGAUAAGACUGUCCUAUAAUUCCUUUAUUAAUGUACCUGUGAUUUAUUAUGCAGCCAACGUUAGAGAAAUGGUGAAAGCAAAACCACCAUUUCAUAACUGUGAGAAAUGUUAUCAUCAGUGUUCGUCAUACGUUGACUAAAGAGGAUUAUGAAAGAAAUCAAAUCUCAUCAGUUUAUUUAUGUAGCCCAAACUCACACUCACUGUGCCUCAGUGGGCUUUACAGUCUGUACAGUGAAUACAGUGAAAAUCUGCGUGUAGUAGAUGCUGCAUGUACAGAACUGAGCAACAAAAUCACAGUCCACAAAUGAGAUUGACACAUCUUCAUGGACAAACUUUCCAAACUUUUCCAGGAUGUUUCUUGAACCCAUAGUAACUUUUCCCAUGACCAUUCACAACCCAUAAAUACCCAGUAUAUAUGCUGCACUUGAGUUCAGAUCAUUAUAGCGCCUUUUUUUUCAUGUCUAAUGCCUGAAUUAUCUCUCACGUCUUCUCUUGUUGGAUGUGCCUCCUUCUUUUUUAAAUUUUUUUGUUUGUUUGUUU